AUGUCUUCUAAAAAGAUUAAUAAGAAAAAAGAGCUUAUUCAACAGAAAAAAAUAAUAGCUUCUAAGCUUUUGAAAAUUAGUCUAAAAUUGGACGAUUACAUUUACAAGAACAGCCCAAUUUCCAUACAAGAAGCUAAAACUUACGCACAAGAAAUCGCUCAACUAAAACUAAAAUGUACUGAUGUAAGAUCUCUCCAGGUUACAGAAAAGCUUACUUCAAUAGUAAAAAGUAUAAUCGCUGAACAAUCUUCAAAUGACGUCACUAGUACUGAAGAUACGAAUACUCCUUUACUAUUGCAUAAAGAUUCAGAAAGUAUUAAUGAAACACACCAAAGCAAUUACGUAAGAGAUCACACUAUCAAUAUUGAAAACGUUCCUCAAUCUGACAAAGGGCAUGAAAUUAACGAAACGUCUUCAAAUUUAAAUAUUUCAAAAGACGUUGAUAAUACGGCAGUGGCUCUAAAUGAUGUUAAAGCUGAAAACGUUAUUGUUGAAACUAAUACAGAAAACCUAAGUGAUAACCAUCAUGUAAGUACACCGAUUAACAAUGAGUCGAAAGAUAUGCAAAGUGAGCAAAUGGUUAUUGAGAAGAAUAAUAAUAAAAUAAAUCUUAAUGAAAUGGACGUAAAUCCUUGUAUACCUAUCGAAGACGAAACAAUAAAUAAUAAUAUAAAAGAAUCUGAUAAAAUAAAUAUCAAUUCAACUAUUAAAAAUAUUAACGAUAAAAUUAAUAAGCCCAUUUGUAAUAUUAAAAGUAAGCCUUCCGAAAAGAAACACCAAGAAAUGAUUAACCAAAAUCUCAAACCUAAAAAGAAUACUGUUCGUAAAAACAACAACAAAAUGGCGACGAACAUUAAAUGCUCCAAUAAAGCUUUAAAUGGAAAAAUCAACAAAAAUAUCACAAAAGCAAAUACGAAUUUUAAAGCACCUACAACAAAAGCCAAGAAGAAAAAAGAAAUAGUGGACCUAUCUUGGAUUGAGAACAUCAAAUACGUUAGAGAAAUAAAUGCAGACGAACAUAUCGUAACUAAUCUGCAGGAAUCUUUUUGGAGUAAUCUAACUAUGCCUGCAGAUCCCAAUUUUGAUUUUGAUGCAGAAUUUAUAUAU